GCGUCCUGGCUCCAUCCAUCCAGCCUGCGAUGUUUGCGCCGACGCCAAAAGCGCACAGACCGGUGCAGAAUUGAUUAAAAAACAAGAGCGCGCAGCUCGGAUCAAAUGGCUGCGCUUCUCGCCGCUGAAACGACACAAUGUUCCUGUGACCCGAAGCAGGAGGAGAGGAAUGUUCACCGGCGGACGGACAGCUUUGUUGAUGUUCAUUUAAUCGCUUUUUUUAAGGACAGAAAAAGUGGGAAAUGCUCAUUUCUUGUGAGAAAAAAGGAAUAAAGCUUUUUUUUUUUAAUCGUCUUUGAAGUGCACUUUGCAGAGAGAGAGGAGGAGAAAGAGAAAAAGAGAGAGAGAGAGAGAGGGGGAGAUGAUUGGGUUACUAUUCCUCCUGCUCUCCGUCCUGGAUGGAGCGGUCUCUCAGCUGCACUACACCGUGCCAGAGGAGCAGGAACCCGGCUCCGUGGUUGGGAAUAUCGCCGAGGAUUUGGGGCUGGACAUCACCAAACUUUCCGCGCGCCGCUUUCAGACGGUGCCGAGUUCACGGACACCGUAUCUGGAGGUGAACUUGGAGAACGGGGCGCUCGUGGUGAAGGAGAAAAUCGACCGGGAGGAAAUCUGCAAGCAGACCAUCCCGUGCCUAUUGCACCUGGAGGUGUUUCUGGAGAACCCGCUGGAGCUCUUUCGCGUGGAAAUCGAGGUGAUGGAUAUCAACGACAACCCGCCCAGCUUCCCGGAGACGGACAUUUCCGUGGAGAUAUCGGAGAGCGCCAUCCCCGGUACCCGGUUCCCCGUAGAGAACGCCUUGGACCCGGACGUGGGCACGAACGCGCUCAGCACGUACGCCAUCACCAGCAACAACUAUUUCUACCUGGACGUGCAGACGCAGAGCGACGGGAACAAGUUCGCGGAGCUGGUGCUGGAGAAGCCGCUGGACCGGGAGCAGCAGGCGGUGCACCGCUACGUGCUGACGGCGGUGGACGGAGGCAUCCCGCAGAGGACCGGCACCGCUCUCCUGGUCGUUAAAGUUCUGGACUCCAACGACAACGCGCCCACCUUUGACCAGUCGGUGUACUCCGUGAACCUGCGGGAGAACUCUCCGGUGGGCACCCUGAUCAUCCAGCUUAACGCCACCGACGUGGACGAGGGGCAGAACGGGGAGAUCGUGUACUCCUUCAGCAGCCACAACGCGCCGCGGAUCAAGGACUUAUUCGACAUCGACGCCAGAACCGGGAGGAUCGAGGUGGCCGGCGAGGUGGACUUCGAAGAGAGCAACACGCAUCAGAUUUACGUCCAGGCGAAGGAUUUGGGCGCCAACGCGGUGCCCGCGCACUGCAAAGUGCUCGUGAAGCUCGUGGACGCGAACGACAACGCGCCGGAGAUCGGCUUCAGCACCGUGACGGAGUCCGUGAGCGAGCAGGACGCGCCGGGCACCGUCAUCGCACUUUUCAGCGUCUCGGACCGGGACUCCGGUGAGAACGGACACGUGAGCUGCGAGCUGCUCGGAGACGUCCCGUUCAAGCUCAAGUCGUCGUUUAAGAACUACUACACCAUCGUGACGGACGGCCCGCUGGACAGAGAGCACACGGACUCCUACACCAUCACCGUGGUGGCCAAAGAUAAGGGUCAGCCGUCGCUGGCCGCCAGCAAGUCCAUCAAAGUGCACGUGUCCGACGAGAACGACAACGCGCCUCGUUUUACGCAGGCGGUUUACGACGUGUACGUGACGGAGAACAACGUGCCCGGUGCUUUCAUCCACGCCGUGAGCGCGCUGGACCCCGACGUGGGGCAAAACGCGCUCAUUACUUACUCCAUAUUGGAGUGUGACAUCCAGGGCAUGUCAGUGGACACGUACGUGUCCAUAAACCAGGACACCGGGUACCUUUACGCGCUGCGCUCUUUCGACUACGAGCAGCUGAAGGAGUUCGGCUUCAUGGUGCAGGCGAAGGACUCCGGCGACGCGGAGCUCUUCUCCAACACCACCGUCAACGUGAUCAUCGUGGACCAGAACGACAACGCGCCCGCCGUCAUCGCCCCGGUCGGGAGAAACGGCACCGCCAAGGAGCACCUGCCGCGCUCCGCGGAGCCCGGCUACUUGGUGACGCGCGUCGUCGCCAUGGACGCGGACGACGGCGAGAACGCGCGGCUGUCCUACAGCAUCCUGCGGGGCAACGAGAUGGGCAUGUUCCGCAUGGAUUGGAGGACGGGGGAGCUGAGGACGGCGCGCAGGAUCUCUCCGAAGCGCGACCCGCAGGGCUUCUACGACCUGCUGAUCGAGGUGCGGGACCACGGGCAGCCGCCGCUCUCCUCCUCCGCGAGCGUGAGCGUCGCGCUGGUGGACAGCGUGGUGGAAAGCCGCAGCGGGGACCGGGGCUCGGCCUCCAAGGCCAAGGAGACCUCCCUGGACCUCACCCUCAUCCUCAUCAUCGCGCUGGGCUCCGUGUCGUUCGUCUUCCUGCUGGCCAUGAUCGUGCUGGCCGUGCGCUGCCAGAAGGACAAGAAGCUCGACCUGUACACGUGCCUGCUGUCGGGCGAGUGCUGCCUGUGCUGCGGCUCGUGCUGCAGCCGGCACGCGCGCGGCCGGAAGCAGAAGAAGCUGAGCAAAUCCGACAUCAUGUUGGUUCAGAGCACCAACGUGACGUCGGGGGUCGGCCCCGCGGGGCAGGUGCCCGUGGAGGAGUCCGGCGUGGGGGGAGGGGGCUUCGGCUCCCAUCACCACCAGAACCAGAACUCGUACUGCUACCAGGUGUGCCUGACGCCGGAGUCCGCCAAGACGGACCUGAUGUUCCUGAAGCCGCGCAGCCCGUCCCGCGGCGGCGACGCGGACCACAGCAAGCCCUGCGGCGCCGUCGUCACGGGUUACGGUGACCAGCAGCCGGACAUCAUCUCCAACGGCAGCAUCCUCUCGAACGAGCCGAAACACCAACGAGCAGAACUCGGCUAUCUGGUGGACCGACCCAGACGUGUGAACAGUUCGGCGUUCCAGGAGGCCGACAUCGUGAGCUCCAAAGACAGCGGGCACGGCGACAGCGAACAGGGCGACAGCGACCACGACGCCACCAACCGGGGUCAUUCAGCCGGCGCCGACCUGUUCUCCAACUGCACCGAGGAGUGCAAGGCCCUGGGCCACUCGGACCGCUGCUGGAUGCCGUCCUUCGUGCCGUCCGACGGGCGGCAGGGGCCGGACUACCGCAGCAACCUCCACGUCCCCGGCAUGGACGCCACCCUGCCCGACACUGAGGUACCGUCCUCCGUCGAGCUCUCCGACCAACCGACCGUGACCUCCCCGACCGCCGCCUCGUCCGCCGAUAGGUCAUUCUCCACCUUUGGCAAGGAUGGUCAAAGGUCACAGUCACACCACAGCCUUCACCAUCACCUCCAUCAGCAGCAGCAGCAGCCGCAGUACAGCUCCAGCACGCUAGAGAGGAAAGAGUAUGAUAGGGGGACCCUGCCGUACAAACCCACCUUUCCCUCCCGCAAAAGGAUUUGUUAGCUCGUUCCACGUGGACCUUUCGGAGACGGCGUGAAUUUCGGUUGCUAAAGACCACCCACACUGACGCUGGAGACGGCUACGUGGAAAACUACACAAACAGCGACCUGGACAACGGCAACCUUGGUUAGACUUCAUUAUCUUGGGUGGCGAACUGUAACGAAGCCUUGGCAGUGGUCCGCCGAGGAAGGAGGAGGAGGAGGAGGAGGAGAGGAGGAACUAAAAUGCUGAGUAGCUGUACGCCUCUAGAUAUCUUAUAGGAGCAAUCCAAGGCCUUAUUUCUCUCAGCAGGACUGAGAACGGGGGUCGAACUAUACUUCGACGUGUGAAGAAUUAUAAAAAUCAUCAGCAGAGGGAUGAGAGGAACUGAAAACGAACGGCUGGAAUAGAAAAGAAGAGGGACCCGGUUAACUCGUAGGAGGUGGGUUGUUUUUGUUUUUGGGGACUGAGGAGUUAGCCUCUAGAGAUCUGUGUGUGCCUGUUUACAUGAAGAAGAAGAAAAACACAAAUGUUUCUGUACAAAACUUCAACCAAUGUCACAUGGAACCCUUUAGCUAUUUCUAUGGUCACCACUAAGCCAACUGUACAGAGACCGAGUGGGGGAGGGGAGGGGGGGAAUGGAGACUGAGAGCCAGAAGAAUUAAGAAAAUGUUAAUUGGACAUCGAGAAAGAGAAAGAGAGAGAGAGAGCAGGUGUUGUACAGGUAUGAAAUGACAUUAAAAAAGAAGGAAAUGGGAUAAGCAGAGGCGAUGUGCAGUAUUAUACAUUCUGUAUCUCCGGUUUUUUGACUUGACUGUCUUUAUAUAACUUCUCUUUUUUCGUUUCUGUUGUUCUUUCUGUGUGGUUAAAGUGUGCAGACUCUAAAGUAUUCCAAACAUACCGUUUAAAGACAGGAACUCGAUAUCCAGGUCCGGUCGUCUUUCAAGUUAAAGCCACUUCAGGAAGGAGAUGUUCACGAAUACGCUGCGUCGAAAAAAAGGCGGGAAAAAUGUGAUAAUCUUCACGUUUGGAUUAUCAAUAAAAUAUCAGAAAAGUUCCCAUUUCCUUCCUGAGCUGAAUGCAGAGAAAGUGAAGUGACCCUUUUAUCAGGAUGCGGUUCCUUUGAUGCCAUUGGCCUAUACAUAAACAAUCAAGACACACUCAGUGGUUUUUAUCAUGUGUGCAAAGUGUUUACUGUGCUAUUUUAAAAAGCUUAUAAAUGAACAUAAAUCUAUAUAUAACUAUAUAUAUACAUAUAUAUAUAUAUACAAAAUACUUUUUUUUCCAAAAAAAAAUGUAACCAUUGGUUAGUUUUCUACACCUCCAUAAUGCCAUUCAAUCUAAUAAUACACAACGAAAACACUUUUUUUCUUCAUAAUUUCAGCCGACGAAGCGAAACACUUUCACUCCAAACAGGAUUAAGUUGAUGUUCUUGAUUUGAUUGUUACUUUUCACGGUUAACGGACGCUCGGCCUUAUUGUGUGUAGGGGAACGACACCAGUUGAGUUGUUUUGGCCUGUUGUGUAUUUUUACUAGCAGAAUAUUUGUUCAUGUACAGAAAGAGGGACUAUCACAAUCGAGCUAGAUAUCAAAGGUUUUACAAUCAUACAAAAAGAGGCAUACACAGAUAAAUAUGGACGUGAACAGACUAACACAUGGUGAGAGGUGCAAAGUAUUGCACACACACACACACACACAAACACAAGCACACACACACAAAGGUCAAGUGGUGAUAAAUAAACAGUGUCAUUGAAGUUU